AUGACCAUAUUCAAGGCAUUCCCUUACUUCAACAUUGUACAGUCUAAAGUAUUUGAUGAUGUUUUCUACACUGACAAGCCCCUUGUGGUGUGUGCUCCCACAGGAGCUGGUAAGACGGUCAUAUUUGAGCUGGCCGUUGUUAGACUUAUUAUGAAGAUGGAGAAUGUUGUGGUUAGAGGUUUCAAGAUUGUCUAUAUGGCACCCAUCAAGGCCUUAUGCAGUGAGAGAUUACAGGACUGGACGGACAAGUUUGAGUCAUUUGGCCUGAAGUGUAAAGAACUAACUGGUGAUACAGAAAUAGAUAAUUAUUAUGAGCUGCAGGAAGUGAAUGUGAUCCUCACAACCCCUGAGAAAUGGGACAGCCUGACACGACGCUGGCGGGACAACAAAUAUAUUGUCCAGUCAGUGUGCCUCUUCCUUAUAGAUGAGAUCCAUGUUCUGAAUGACAAUGUGCGGGGAGCGACAAUAGAGGCUGUGAUCAGCAGGAUGAAGACUGUACAGGUCUCCCUAUCUCACUCUAACACUGAGCAACCCCUACCCAAACUCCGUUUCAUAGCUGUGUCUGCCACCAUACCCAAUAUCGAGGAUAUUGCAGAGUGGAUGGGUGAGAACCAUCAAGCAGCAACAUUUUACGUAUUUUAA